AUGGCAGAUGGUGCAUUCCGGUUCCAUCAGCCUGGAGCCGGGCAGUAUUACCCCACCCAACACACUUCGCAUCGGAACCAGAAUCGAGCCUCCUCGCCUUCCGGCGGACGAAGACCUUUCACCAACGACACUCCCUCCCCAUCGAGAUCGCCCGUGGGCCAUUCUGUCGCACACAACUUCAAUAUGUAUUCCCAGAAUGGGUACCAGACGCAGCACAGUCUCAUGAACGGGGCGCAAACACAUCAGCGUUACGCGAAUCUUCACUUGCCAAAGUACCAGCCACCCCAUCACGGUCAUCACAACGUCACUCAACAUCACGGUCAGCACCAUCACGCCGGACAAUUAGGACACCAGCACAAUCUUUCAGGUGGCUUCCCAUCUGGAACCCCUCAUUUGCCCACCUACGCGCACGAGCACCUCUCUAACGGAAAUGGUAAUGGACUACCGCAUGACGAUGCGGACGAGCCGGACAAUGAAUAUUGGAGGGAACAAAAGCAGUUUUGGGAAGAAAGCAAAGAUCUCAACGGCCCAAACCAACGAGCACGCACUGUUGCGCAUCACUCCAAAGGCGUUAAUUAUGUCCCGUUAGGCGCGGCUGCAGAAGACCUCCCGACAGAUACAGCGCGGGCAAUCACAUCAAAUGGACAGUCUUCUAGCAGGCAAACCUGGGAUGAGCUGGAUCUAGGUGGGCAGGGUCUUUGCGCGCUGUCACCCGUGCUAUUCAAUCCGUCCUACCAUUUUUUGAAACGCCUCGACCUUGUAUAUAAUCAACUAGAAACCCUGCCACCGGAGAUUGGACAAUUAAAGAACCUCGAGCAUCUGGAUGUCUCUUUUAAUCAACUGACAGAAUUGCCUGAAGAGAUUGGCAUGCUUACGAACCUCAAGCAACUCCUCCUGUUCAAUAACCAUAUUCAAACCCUGUGUUACGAACUCGGUUUCUUAUACAAACUCGAGGUGCUGGGCAUCUAUGGAAAUCCACUGGAGCAAGGGCAGCGCGACAAGAUUACGGAGGGCGGUACGAGGAAAUUGAUUGAAUAUCUCCGUGAAAGCAUGCCAGAACCUCCGCCUCCCCGGGAAAGAGAGUGGCACCAAAUCGAGGAAAUCGACGAAGCUGACCCAACCCAGGACACAGUCAAGGUGCUGAAUUACAACAUUCUGUGCGACCGCUACGCGACGCAGCAGCAGUAUGGCUACGUUCCGGAGCGCGUCCUGACUUGGGGCUUCCGCAAGACUCUGAUCUUGGAAGAGAUUCGGGAAAUGAACGCCGACAUUGUCUGCCUCCAGGAACUGGACCGGUGCAGCUACGACGAUUAUUUCCGAGGCGAACUAUCCAUAUCGGGCUACAAGGGAUAUUAUGCACAGAAAAGCCGUGCCGAGACGCUGGGUGACGCUGCUAAAUUUGUCGAUGGAUGCGGCACCUUCUGGAAAGACAAGAAAUACAUGGUGCUGGACACGCAACAUCUUGUCCUCGGCCGAAAAGCGGUGGAACGACCUGGCGCCAAAGCAUCCGCGGACAUGCUGAAUCGGGUGUGGCAGAGAGAUGACAUUGCGACAGUUGUGUUUUUGGAAAACCGUGUCACGGGCUCUCGCGUGGUUGUCGUCAAUGCUCACAUCUACUGGGAUCCCGCGUUCAAAGAUGUGAAACUGAUCCAAGCGGCUGUCCUCAUGGAAGAAUUGUCCAAGCUCACAGACAAGUACGCCAAAUUUCCACCUGCGACCAACAAGCAGGCCUUCCGGUUCUCUGAUUCAGAGGACGAUCCGCUACCGGACCCUGGACCGUCAUUGUCAUAUACCUCUGGUCCCCAGAUCCCGAUGAUAAUCUGUGGAGACUUCAACUCGGGUGCAGGAUCUGCCGUCUAUGAUCUUUUCACAAAGAAAGGGCUGAAUGCCGAGCACGCCGAUUUGGACGGCCGAGAUUAUGGUGCUUUCUCCCGUGCAGGUAUGUCACACAAUUUUACGCUCAAGUCUUCAUAUGCCGCCAUUGAUGGGGAGAUGCCUUUCACGAAUUACACGCCAAACUUUGUCGACGUCUUGGACUACAUCUGGUACUCGAGCAACUCUUUACGCGUGGUUGGAUUGCUCGGGGCCAUCGACCCGGAAUAUCUUAAGCGGGUGCCGGGCUUCCCAAAUUUCCACUUCCCGAGUGAUCACAUCGCGAUCGUGGCCCAGUUCAAGGUGGAGAAGCAGCGGAGUGCCCAGAAAGCGGUGGAGGCCGACUUUGGACCCUCGUCGAAGAAGUAG